GGCUCAUUCUGCUGGCUGCGCGGCGGCGGCGGCUCGUGUGUGUGUGCGCCGCUCCCCGCCGCUCCCCGCCGGCCCCCCGAGCCCGGGGCGCGCGCUCCAGCCCCGGGAUCCCCGCGGCGCCGCGGCCCGAGGCUCCCGGCAGCGCAGCAAUGGCCGUGCGCAGGCUGGGGGCUGCGCUGCUGCUGCUGCCGCUGCUAGCCGCCGUGGAAGAAACACUGAUGGAUUCUACCACGGCGACGGCUGAGCUGGGCUGGAUGGUGCAUCCCCCAUCAGGGUGGGAAGAGGUGAGUGGCUACGAUGAGAACAUGAACACUAUCCGCACAUACCAGGUGUGCAAUGUCUUUGAGUCAAGCCAGAACAACUGGCUGCGGACCAAAUUCAUCCGGCGCCGUGGCGCCCACCGCAUCCACGUGGAGAUGAAGUUCUCAGUACGUGACUGCAGCAGCAUUCCCAGCGUGCCCGGCUCCUGCAAGGAGACCUUUAACCUUUACUACUAUGAGGCUGACUUUGACUUAGCCACCAAGACCUUCCCCAACUGGAUGGAGAACCCAUGGGUGAAGGUAGACACCAUUGCAGCGGACGAAAGUUUCUCCCAGGUGGAUCUGGGUGGCCGCGUCAUGAAAAUCAACACCGAGGUGCGAAGCUUUGGUCCCGUGUCCCGCAACGGUUUCUACCUGGCCUUCCAGGACUACGGGGGCUGUAUGUCCCUCAUUGCUGUGCGUGUAUUCUACCGAAAGUGUCCCAGAAUCAUCCAAAAUGGUGCCAUCUUCCAGGAGACAUUGUCGGGGGCCGAGAGCACUUCCCUGGUGGCUGCUCGGGGCAGCUGCAUCCCCAAUGCGGAGGAAGUGGACGUGCCCAUCAAACUCUACUGUAACGGGGACGGUGAAUGGCUGGUGCCCAUCGGCCGCUGCACGUGCAAGGCAGGCUUCGAAGCUGUGGAGAACGGCACCAUCUGCAGAGGUUGUCCAUCGGGAACCUUCAAGGCCAACCAGGGGGAUGAGGCCUGUGCCCACUGUCCCAUCAACAGCCGCACCACCUCUGAGGGCGCCACCAACUGUGUAUGCCGUAAUGGCUACUACAGGGCUGACCUGGACCCCUUAGACAUGCCUUGCACAACUAUUCCAUCUGCGCCCCAGGCUGUGAUCUCCAGCGUCAAUGAGACGUCCCUCAUGCUGGAGUGGACCCCACCCCGAGACUCGGGGGGCCGUGAGGAUCUGGUCUACAACAUCAUCUGCAAGAGCUGCGGCUCAGGCCGGGGUGCCUGCACCCGCUGUGGGGACAAUGUGCAGUAUGCACCCCGCCAGCUGGGCCUCACCGAGCCACGCAUAUACAUCAGUGACCUGCUGGCGCACACGCAGUACACCUUCGAGAUCCAGGCUGUGAAUGGUGUCACUGACCAGAGCCCCUUCUCACCCCAGUUCGCCUCUGUGAACAUCACCACCAACCAAGCAGCACCGUCGGCCGUGUCCAUCAUGCAUCAGGUGAGCCGCACCGUGGACAGCAUCACCCUGUCGUGGUCCCAGCCAGACCAGCCCAACGGUGUGAUCCUGGAUUAUGAACUACAAUAUUACGAGAAGCAGGAGCUCAGUGAGUACAACGCCACAGCCAUAAAAAGCCCCACCAACACAGUCACCGUGCAGGGCCUCAAAGCCGGCGCCAUCUAUGUCUUCCAGGUGCGGGCACGCACCGUUGCAGGCUAUGGGCGCUACAGCGGCAAGAUGUACUUCCAAACCAUGACAGAAGCCGAGUACCAGACCAGCAUCAAGGAGAAGCUGCCCCUCAUCGUCGGCUCCUCUGCUGCUGGCAUAGUCUUCCUCAUCGCUGUGGUCGUCAUUGCCAUCGUAUGUAACAGAAGACGGGGGUUUGAGCGCGCCGACUCAGAGUACACCGACAAGCUGCAGCACUACACCAGCGGCCACAUGACCCCAGGCAUGAAGAUCUAUAUUGACCCUUUCACCUAUGAAGACCCUAAUGAGGCAGUGCGGGAGUUUGCCAAGGAAAUUGACAUCUCCUGUGUCAAGAUUGAGCAGGUGAUCGGAGCAGGGGAGUUUGGUGAGGUCUGCAGUGGCCAUCUGAAGCUGCCAGGCAAGAGAGAGAUCUUUGUGGCCAUCAAAACCCUCAAGUCGGGCUACACGGAGAAGCAGCGCCGGGACUUCCUAAGUGAGGCAUCCAUCAUGGGCCAGUUCGACCACCCCAAUGUCAUCCACCUGGAGGGGGUUGUCACCAAGAGCACACCUGUCAUGAUCAUCACUGAGUUCAUGGAGAACGGCUCACUGGAUUCCUUCCUCCGGCAAAAUGAUGGGCAGUUCACAGUCAUCCAGCUGGUGGGCAUGCUGCGGGGCAUCGCAGCUGGCAUGAAGUACCUAGCAGACAUGAACUAUGUGCACCGUGACCUCGCCGCACGCAACAUCCUCGUCAACAGCAACCUGGUUUGCAAGGUGUCUGACUUCGGGCUCUCACGCUUCCUCGAGGAUGACACCUCUGACCCCACCUAUACCAGCGCUCUGGGUGGGAAGAUCCCCAUCCGCUGGACAGCGCCGGAAGCCAUUCAGUACCGGAAAUUCACCUCAGCCAGCGACGUGUGGAGCUAUGGCAUUGUCAUGUGGGAGGUGAUGUCCUACGGGGAGCGGCCCUACUGGGACAUGACCAACCAGGACGUGAUCAAUGCCAUAGAACAGGACUACCGGCUACCUCCGCCCAUGGACUGCCCGAGCGCCCUGCACCAGCUCAUGCUGGACUGCUGGCAGAAGGACCGCAACCAUCGGCCCAAGUUUGGCCAGAUUGUCAACACGCUGGACAAGAUGAUCCGAAAUCCCAACAGCCUCAAAGCCAUGGCGCCCCUGUCAUCUGGCAUCAACCUGCCUCUGCUGGACCGAACGAUCCCUGACUACACCAGCUUUAACACGGUGGAUGAGUGGCUGGAAGCCAUCAAGAUGGGCCAGUACAAGGAGAGCUUCGCCAACGCCGGCUUCACCUCCUUUGACGUUGUAUCUCAGAUGAUGAUGGAGGACAUUCUCCGUGUUGGGGUCACCCUAGCUGGCCACCAGAAAAAAAUCCUGAACAGUAUCCAGGUGAUGCGGGCCCAGAUGAACCAGAUCCAGUCUGUGGAGGUUUGACAUUCGCCUGCCUCGGCUCGCCUCUUCCUCCACGCCGCCCCCUAAGCCCCCUACGUCGGUCCCUCUGCUGCCCUGUCCACUGCAGGGUCCGCCACCUGCCAGGAGGCCACAAGGCAACAGGAAGCACCAAGCAGCACUCCAGCCAACAAGACGUCACCAAGAACCCAUGCAAGUCAAAGGAAGGAAAAGGGAAAGGGGGGAACGCGCACCUAGAUCUGGGAGGGGGCGGGACAGGUAAGGACCGUUUGUUCCAAGAGGAUUCUCAU